AUGUCACCACCACUCCCGAACGACGUUAUCCAAUACGUGUUAGCUAAUCUUCCUAUCAAACAGAUUUAUUUAUUACGAGGUGUAAACCGAGAUUGGUAUUCUAUACAUGAACAUGCCAUUAAACAACGACUUUCUUUUCCGGAUUCUAAAGUCUUGGUUAGACUUGGUCCUUCUUCAAAAGCUAAAGAUCCCAAGUUUUCCAUUGCACUUGAAUGUGUCGCUUUCGAUCCAGAAACUAGAAUUUUUACCUUCAAACCUAUAGCUAAUUCAAAACCAAUUUAUUGUAAUCCACGUCACCUCCGUCAAGUUAAAAUUUUAUACAGUGAAUGGAUAGGUGUUGAUGCAAAAAGACAUAACGGUAUAGAUUCUAUUCCAGAAGUUAUGCAUCCCGAUGAAAUUCGUAAAUAUGCGAAUGUUACAUUUCAUCGAGAUUACGUUGAAGCUGUUCAAAAAUAUUAUUAUUUAAAUGAAGUUCCCGGCACUGGUGAUGAAAUUCCUACUUUUCUAGGAGAUUAUGACAUGAUUUUAAAAUGUCAUCUUAAAGAUUCUGUCGUUUUAUCCGAAGAAGACAUCCCUGAUAUAGAAUAUUUCGAUCACCCCUCUCAUAUUUCUUCUUUUAAUGUUGAUUUUUUACAAGUUCAUACUUCUUGGCUUAUUAGUGGAACUACUGCCAAAAUCCUUCCAUCUAAUUUUCAUUCUAAAAUUUAUCAUUCUCGUUAUUCUCUUCUUAAUCACAUUACUUUACAAAAAGAUAUUCAAAAAUAUAACCUUUAUUCUCCAAAAGUCAUCAGAUGGAUACUCUCUGACUACAUGGUAGAUGAUCAACAGACUGUUCAACUCUGUCAACAUCUUAAUAAAACAAAAGGCGAUUUUACAAUUCUUGAUAAAUUUCAAUGGGAAUUGGAAAAAAAAAAUCUAAAUCAACAAAUUAUGUGGAAAUAUUCUUUUGUAGCGAGAUUUUUUUGUGACCCUGAUAAUUCUCCUGAAAAUUUUAAUCAAACUUUGGAUAGACUUGUUCGUUCUGAAGAUGAUGAAAAAGCAAAAGGACAAUCUCAGAUUCACAAAUCAACCAGUUUUUGGCAAAAUAUUCGAAUUCCCUAG